CAGAUAUUGUCGCGGUUAGGAAGCAUCGAGAAUGACCGCAAAUAAAUUCAUAAUUUUGUGCGUUUCAUUGCUGGUUGUCAUCAGCAGCAUUGAAGCUUUCGUGCCACGUUCUACAAGUCAUCGCCUGGUGUCAAAGAGGCUUCCAUCGCCUUCAAAGGCCACAUGCCCGAAUCCAACGUCGAAGACUCUACUUUUGGCCAGUAGUGGUGACGAUGAAGCCGAGGAGAUUGGGGGAGCGGGUCUUGCGGUAACAGCGCUCGGACUUGUAGCAUGUCCUGUUGUUCUCUACUCGGAAUACGUCCUUAAGACGACGGGGUGCGGUCUUCCGGCAGGACCGGGCGGAUCCCUUGGCGCUCUGGAAGGGAUUUCCUAUCUAGUUGUCGUCGGUAUUGCGGGCUGGUCCAUCGUGAAGAAAAUCCGGACGGGCACGGGUCUGCCAGCAGGACCAGCAGGGUUGCUGGGGGCUGUAGAGGGCUUGAGCUUUCUAGCCAUUUUGGUCGGAGCGGUGGUUCUUGGCACCACGAUCCAGCAAUACGGGUCUGUCCCUGAGGCAGUGCCCUUGGAAGGAGGGCGCUGCAGUGACAUUUGAAUUCUCGAAAGGGAGCAUAGGCAACAGCAGUCGGUCUGUCGCGAAGUCGGUAGCGGGGCCAAGACGAAGAUUCGGACGGACGCGGACAGGAAAAAAACGACAAAGGGAUUUAACA